CCUCUCAGUGCCAGUCAUGAACUCAAAAUUCCCGUGCCCCUCGGAUGCCUGAGCCUCGUGCUCACAUGCUGUGCUGCCCAUCGCAAUCGCCUCAUCUGGCACCAUGGCCGCACCUCUCCUAGUUGAGACUGUCUAUGGAUAGGCAAAUGUCGCGAUCAAACCCAUGACCCCCCGGAUCGCCCAAGACCAUAUUCCCCCUUCCAACCAGGAGCCCGACUCCCCGCACAGACGUGGCUUUUUCUUUGUUCCGACGCCCCUUCCAAAACCGCCGGGUAUAUUCUUGAUCGUCAACACCACCGUCAUCAUUUUCUUCUUCUGCUUCUGCUUCCUCCGACUUCGCCGGCUCUGUCCUGAGUGGCUGGCUGUGAAUAGUGAAGUAAUGUCGGGCUUGGUUUCGUUUGGUCUCGUGGCGGUUGCCAGCUUGUCCCAUGCAAGAUCCCAUGCGGCUCACCCAGACAAAAAGUCAACGACCUCCUCCUCUGCAGAUCCCAUAGUCCGAAAGACGGAAACCCCCCCCCCCUAAUACAACUUUACCUAACCUGACCUCGCCAUACAUUACAUUACCGAGCUAAUUUAAACUCUCACCGAUCCGAACCCAGCCCAACGCCUGGUCAGUCAAAGUCUGCUUCGAUACCCGUUCGCUCGUGCAUGCAUAACUUAAAAAAGAUAAAUGUACUACGGAAAGAACAAGAGGCGGAGGUGCACGGUCCCCCCCCCCCACUAUGACAGGAGAAAUAAAUAAAAACA